GUUUUCAGUCUGAAAUCUCGUUUCGUGUGCUCAAAACGUAAAAACAAACAGUCGCGCAGCUUAAGGAAAAGAUUUAAUCUUCAUCUUCUUCCCAAAUAGAAUAUUAAUAAGGAGGAAAUUCAAAACAAAGAUGGGGAAAAAAGGGAAAAAUAAAAAUCAAACUCCAAAUGUACACCAAACUACAUUGUCACCAGAAUAUGAAAACAUUGAAAAAGAGGAAAAAAUUCAAGAAACUGUUGCAGAAAUACCUAAAGUUGAACAAAUACAGAAAGACACUAAAGCAGCUGAAAUUUUAACAGAAGAUGUUCUUGAAUCAAAAGAUGCAACAUUGAAGUCAAAGAAAAAACGUAAUCGCAAAAAGAAAAAUACAGCAACAGAAAUAAAUGUUGAAGAAUCAACCGAAGAAAAUGCUGAAAACGUUAAUCAAAAAGAGAAAGAUUUGCAAACUCCAGAUCAAGUGAAAUCUGAGGCCAUUGAAGAAAAACCAUCUGCUGAGCCAUCAGAUGAUACAUUAAAGAAAAAACGCCACAGAAAUAGAAAGAAAAAUAAUAGAAAUGUAGGUGAUGUUCAAGAAGAAAUCAAUGAAGAAAUAUCAAAAAAUGAAAACUCCGGUGAAAUUAUCAGUGAAAAAUCUGGAGAUGAUCCUGCAUCUUCACAUCAAAACACCUUGAAACGAAAAAGAAACAGAAAUAAAAAUAAAACUACAGUUAAUAAGGAGCAAAAUGAAGCAAUUGUUGAAGUUGUUGAAAAACUAUUAGAAAACGAGCAACCACAAAACAUUGAAGCAAAAUCUGAGCAUAAAGAAAAACCCGAACCACAAAGAAGAGGUAAAAAACAAAAACGAUCUGAUUUAAGCUCAAAGAAAACUAUAUUAGAUGAGUUACAAGAUCGACAAGAACGUGAACAAAAAGAAGCCAGAGAUCACAUUAAAAACGAAAUAGCAAAACGUGAGAAAUUAUUAGAAACUAUUGAUUUGGUAUUAGAUUGCCAUAAAACUGAAGCUGAGUUAGCAAAGAAUCAACAAGAAUCAUUAAAAGAUGUUAUGUUGUUAAGUCAAGAAGCAGCAAAGCCUCGUCCUCAGCCAUUACCUUUGAAAAGUCCUAAGCAGUCAUCAAGUAAGAAAUCAACACCAGUUGAAGACGAAUUGGUAAAUAAAAUAGAACAAGUUUUAGGAAUGACAAAGCUUGAAAUUCAAAAUGCUCAAACUCAAAAAGCUUACGUUAGUCGACUUGAAGCAGAAGUUGCAAAAGUUAAACAAAGUAAAGACAUUUUACUAGGAGGACAAUCUAGUUCCGCCGUUCCACCACACAUCCAGAAGAUGGCAAAAGAAAUGAGAGAUCUUACUAAAGGUGAAGUCCCAAAAAAUAAGGAAGAACUGAUUAAAGAAAUCGAAUCACGAGAUGUACUAAUGUCAGAAAUCAAUAGAGUUCUAGACAAUACUAAGAGUGAAAUUGAUAAAGUUCAAAAGCAACAGAAAAUAAUUCAAAAUCUUGAAGUUGAAUUGAAUAAAAUGAAAGAUCAGGAAAUAGUUGAAAAACUAAUGGUACUCGCUGAAGAUGAAGAACCAAAAGAACCACCUCCGCCACCUAAGCAAUCACCUGCAACAGCUUCACUUUUGGAUGCUCUAAUGGCAAAUGUUGGAAAAUUAAAAGAAAUACAAGCAAUGAAAGAAAAACAGAAAGCUGAACAGUCAGCAGUUGAAAUUUCUGGAGAGUCAAUUACUAACGUAACUUCUGAUUGCAUCCAAAAACAUGUUGAAUUACACGAUAUAGACACAAAAGUUGAAAAAAAGGAUGAAACAUUAACUUUUGACCAAAACCAAAAAGAAAAAUCACAAAAAAAAGAUGCAAAAAGGAUUAAUAAUGAGAAAAAACAGGCAUCGCUUGAGAAUUCACCAAAAGAGCAAAGAAAACACCCAAAAGAUCAAAAGCAGCAACCACAAAAGGUACACGAAACAAUUUCUAAAGCUGAGGAAAUGAUAAACUCUGAAAAUAAAAAGGAGGAAAUUUCGGCAAAAAUUGAAUUCUUAAAAGGAUGUGGCUCAGUUGAAGUAAAAAAAGAGAGUAUGCUUGAAGUUUCUGGAAAUAAAAAUUUAAUGAUUGUACCCGAAUGUAAAUCAAAAACUGAUGAUAUAAAAUUAGAACCUGUUAACUCAGAAAAAAAAGAGCAAAAGAAAAGGGACCACAACAAAGAUAAGGAAACAAGUGAAAAAGAAAUCAAGAAGUUUGAGAAAAAAAUAACAACAGAGACAAAUUUGACUCGUGAAAAAACUACUUCAAACCAAGAAAAUAAUAAAGAUCAGAAAUCUGAAGAUAAAAAAAUUGUUUUGUCUGAUCAAGAAAAGACUAAACGACCUGAUUUGGAGAAAAACGCAAAAGAUGUCAAGCAUGUUAUGCCAGUUGAAGAUAAAGCAACUUCAUUAUCUGAGUCACAAGAGAUUAUUAAAAACGAAAAUAACAAUGAUUUAAAUCAGAAAGGGAAUAAUCAGAAAAAAAACGAUAAAGAACACAAAACGUCACCUAAAAGUUCCAACAAAAAUAAGAAACAUGUGUUGAAAGGGAUUCCUGAAGUUAUUGUUCCGAUUUCAAUUACUGCUCAAAAGCCUAGCAUGGCAGAAAUGUUAAAAAAUGCACCUGACCCGCCACCAGAUGAAAUUAAUGAAGAACAAAAUGUGGAGUUAAAAAUUGAAGCAGCUCCAUUAGCCAAACCUGAAUCUUUAAUAAUCGAAAUUAACCCAUCUGAACAAAUUAAAGAAUUAAUGCAGUCAACAAUGUUGGAGACUACUGAAGAAAAACAAUUUAAAGAUGUUUCAAAAGAAUUAUCUGUUGAUGAUAAUAAAAUUAAAAUUGGAUCUGAAAUACAAGAUGAUGAAAUAGUAAUUGUCAACAAAGUGGAAGUUGAAGCAGAAAUGACGGAACAAAAAGUAAAUGAACAAGAAUCGACCGAUCCAAAAAACGUGCAAAGAGGCGGUUUUGUGUCUCAUGCUGAAACAAAAGAUACAAAGCCGCUGAAGAAAGAUGAAAAUCAACAUGCAAAUAAGAACAAGUCACACGUAAAAAUGCCGACGAGAUCAAAUCUACAAAAAGAAAAAACAGAAGGAAAAGCUACACAAAAUAAAACAGUUACUGUAAAGCCUAAACUAGAAGUUCAAGCUAAAAUUAGCUCGAAACACACAGAUGUCAAAAAAACCCAACAGUCUUCAACAAAAUCAUUAUCACCAACUACAGAAAAGCCUCAACCUAAGUUUGAAAGUGCAAAUAAUGUCUCGACCGAAACACCUACUUCCUUAAAAAUUGAUACCCAGAACUCAACUCACGAUAUUUCACUACCUAGCACUGAUAAACCAAAAGUUCCACUACGUCCCGAUGUAACUAAAACUAGUAAUACAAAACCUGCACCGAGAGCAGGUAAUGUAACUAAUCAGCCUAGUUCACCUAUCAAAACUAAAACACCCUCACCAAGUAAAUCACCUUCGGUUUCUAAACCAGCUACAACUAGCACUGCCCAAACAGAAUCACAUGCUGUAAGGCCAAAACCCACAGUUUCACAAAAACGAGAACCUGUCACUUCAAAAUCCCCUACUAAAAGUACUAACCAAAAGCCAUUAAAUACACCACAAAAAGUAAAUAGCACUAAAACAGCAACACCAAAAACUGUAUCAUCUAUGUGUGAUUCUGUUUUUAGGCUUCGGCAACUGAAACAAAAUAAUAUCUUUAACCAAAAAACAUUUAGUCAACCAGCAUUUAGAAUAAAUAAAAUGGAUGAAAAAUCAAUGAAUCCCAUCAAGCAUCCUUUAACAACAUCAAAUUCCGAUAAUAAUACUAAUCAAAUGAAUGCACUUUUAACAAAAGAUGGCACAAUAAAAAUUAUUUUACCAUCAACUUUGACUGGAAAUUUACAAGAAAUCUUUUUUUCAAAAGAUGUCACCGCAUUUGCUACAUCAUCAAAAAUUCAAAAUGAUAAACCAACUCAAUCAUUUAAUAAAGGAUUUUUAUCUAGCGAAAAUAUUGAAAGUAAUGAUGAUCAAUAUUCAGAAUAUAAAAUAACACCCAGACAAAUAUUCUGUGCAUCAAUUUGUCAAGUCUGUAAAGUUAAUUUAAGUCGAUAUUUUCUAUGCAAUGAGUGCAAAAUAGUUGCGUAUUGUAAAGAAGAACAUUUGAAGAUUGAUUAUCUUAAUCAUCGAGGCUUAUGCAUGGCUAUUCAAUUAAUAGCCAAACGAAGAGGAGGUCACGUCUACAAUAUGGCUAAACAUCUUUCAAGUAUGGAAUUCAGAAAUCUUCGGCUACAUACAAUAUAUUUAUGUGAACAAUUUCUUAAUCGAACACUACUCUCAUUUGAGCGAGAAAUUUUAAUUUUUCCGAGACUGUGCCAUUACAACAAAUGCCGAGAGUGGAGAUCUAAUUUAUUAAGUGAUUGUGGAAAAUGUGGACAGAUUUCAUUUUGUUCACAACAUCCUUUAAAUGAAAGUCACAAAUUAAUAUGUGAUUCUUACGCACUAUUUCAAAGAAUUUUAUUGCACGAAAAAUCAUAUGGAAAAAUUAACAUAGCACUUCCACAAAAGGUUUUAAAAAAGAUUCCAAUUUUCACUGAAAAUGUUCAAGAUAUACUGCAGUUAUUAUACAAAAAUGUGACUGCAUUUAAAGAUGAAUGUAUAAAUGCUGCACUAAUGCAAAUCGUCACAGCACCUUUAACAACAUUUUAUUCAAUUCAAAAAGUAGGAAUUGAAUUUUCGGAACGAUUAAUCAUUCAUUUUGUUGGUGCUGAAUUAAAAUUUGAAGGUGAUAGACUUGAAAAAUGGGAAUCGCUUUUUCUUCAUCUUGCACAUGGUGUAACUGAUUUGCAGAUAAUAUUCAUAGGUUCUGAAUUGAAUCAUGAAAACCUUCCUGUAGAAAUUAUAUCUCGAACAAGAGUAUGUAAAAUGUGUCGUCAAAAUUGCUGUGGUUUAAGAUUCGAUUUCCAAUGUAAAAAGUUCUACCAUGACUAUUGUGAAAGUGCAGCAUUUGUUAAACCCGACUUUAUUUGCAUCUUCAAUCCAGCUUUACAUCGUUCAGGAUUUUUCGGUUUUGAUACAUGGCCAAAGACAAUUGAGAAAGCUUUAAAAACUGGUUCGCCUGUUUUAGUAACUUCAACUACCGAGAACGAAUGUUAUUUGGAUUUAAACCGAAUUAAAAAACUUACAAAUAGUGAAAUUGAAAUUUUAAUACCACCUCUAAAGAAUCCUUACGCUAGUACGCGACCUGAAAGAAAUUUUGCCUCGGAUGAUCAAGAUCCAAUUAUGUUCAAAAACAAUUAUUUAUUUGCCAUCUCUAAAACACAAGAUUUAAUUGACCUUUAAUUAUCCUUUAUCUGAUUUUUCAUCCAGAAACUCAUUUUGAAAUUUUUCCUGAGCAUUUUAUGUUUUGUGUGAUACUCAUUUUUUUUUUGGUUGAAGUUUGAAAAUAAAGCAAGUUAAAAAAAAAGGUU